GGAGAGGGGUGGCGGCCAAGCACCGAGGCGACAGCUCUGCGGAAAGCCGGCGCUGCUCCGUGCUGGGGCCGAGGGACAGAGGGACAGCUGAGCAGCAGCCGCUGCCAUGGGCUCCCGGCACUUCCCGGCCCGGACCGUGCUCUUUGAGAAGGAGUCCAGCGGUGUCACGUACCGUGUGCCCGCCCUGCUCUACCUGCCCUGCGUGGCCAAGCUGCUGGCGUUCGCCGAGGAGCGCCUCAGCGCCGACGAUGCCCACGCCAACCUGCUGGUGCUGCGCCGCGGCACCAUCUACGGCAGCUACGUGGAGUGGGAAGACAUGCGUGUGCUGGAGACAGCAACGCUGCAGCACCAUCGCUCAAUGAACCCCUGCCCACUCUACGAUGAGUUCACGGGCACCCUCUUCCUCUUCUUCAUCACGGUGCUGGGCAGGACGCCCGAAGCCUACCAGAUUGUCACUGGCCAAAAUGUGACCCGCCUCUGCUGUGUCACCAGCGCUGACCAGGGCCUGAGCUGGAGCACAGCCACAGACCUGACCCAGCAGGUCAUUGGAGCGACCAUCAAAGACUGGGCGACGUUUGCGCUGGGCCCCGGGCACGGCAUCCAGCUGCGCUCGGGCCGGCUGCUGGUGCCCGCCUACAGCUACCACAUCGACUGCAAGGAGUGCUUCGGGCAGCUCUGCAAGACCACUCCGCACUCCUUCGCCUUCUACAGCGACGACCACGGCCGCGCCUGGCGCUUCGGGGAGUUCAUCCCCAACCUGCAGACAGGCGAGUGCCAGCUGGUCUCCGUGGAUGAGGAGGACGGAUCCAACGUCCUCUACUGCAACGCCCGCAGCCCCCUGGGCUUCAGGGUGCAGGCGCUCAGCACGGAUGACGGGGCUGUGUUCCACGGGGGGCAGCUGGUGCAGCGGCUGGUGGAGCCUCCCCACGGCUGUCACGGCAGUGUCAUUGGCUUCCCCGCGCCACUCCUGUACGUCCCCACGGCCUCCCGGGACAGCGGGGUGUCCUCCCGAGGCUCAGUUUGCCGGUGGCUUCCUGGGGCGCUCCAGAGGUUUGGGCACCAACAGGCAGGAGGUGCUGAGCUGCCCGCUGGCAACCACCACGAGCCAGAUGAGGCCAGUGAGGACUGUCCCACCCCUGGGCAUCUCGAUGACCCCCACAACGCCACCCUGGUCCAGGGAGACUCUGCAGCACCCCCCAGCUCCACUCCCUUCUUCCAAGCGCCAACGUGGAUCCUCUACUCCCACCCCACCAGCUCCAUGUCGCGGGUGAACAUGGGGGUUCACCUGAGCACCUUCCCCAGGGAUGCAGAGAGCUGGACAGAGCCCUGGGUCAUCUACGAGGGCCCGAGCGCCUACUCGGACCUGGCGUACAUGGAGCUGCCGCUCCGGGACGCGCCGCUGGCCGGCGGCACGGCCAUCGCCUUCGCCUGCCUCUAUGAGAACGGCGUGAGGUCUCCCUACGAGCAGAUCUCCUUCAGCAUGUUCACGCUGCACGACGUGCUCCAGAACAUCCCCCUGACGGCCGCGGCUCCCCGGCGGCGCCGCGCGGGGAAGAGGAGGAGGAGGAGGAAGAGGAGCUGCCUGGUCUCCUAGAGCCCACCCCAGCGCUGGAUCCUGGAGCAUCCACCCACAGGCUGGGUCCUGCCACCAUCCAGCACGGCCACACGGCACAGAGGUGUGUUGCUGUCCCCACACUGGGGUUAUCUCGUUUUUAUUGCUAUUUUUUAAAUUCUGGUUUGGGUAGGGAGGCUUUUGCCCCCGGGCUCCUCUCCAAGCAAGAGCCACCUCUGGAAGCAGAUACUGGGGGGCAACAGCAGCAGUGCAGGGGGAGGCAGCCAGGGGUACCCUGUGCCAGCCCUGAGUGCCAGGUGCUGGCUCAGGGGGAUGUGGUGCUCCAGCUGUGCCACACCUGGUACCACCACCCUGCUCUGAGGGCUUUCCUCCCCUUGUUAUAAAUAGUUAUGCUAUAUAAAUAUGGUAUAUAAUGUUAAAUUCUUUCUUUUUCAUGAAAAGGCUUUUCUCAAUGGCAUCUCUGAAGGCACUCUGAGGGUUUGGGCUGGGGUAAAGUUCUGUUCCUUUACUGUAGCUGGGAUGGGGCUGGGGUUUAUAUUUGGGCUGAUGAUAAAGAAAUAUUUGUAUUGCAUUACUUGUCUGUCUGGGCUUUUAGUUCUCUCUCUUCAUUAUUUUUCUUUUUAUUACAAUUUAUUAUUUCAAUUAAAGUGUUUUUAUGUCAACACAGGAGAUGUCUCACUUCUACCCCUCCAAUUCUCUCAGCCUCCCAUGGCAUGGGGGUGAGUGGCUGGGUGGUGCUCAGGUGCCAGCUGGGGUUCAACCACCCCCAUGGCCCAGUUACUGCUUUGUCUGCUCUGGGAUUUGGUUUUUUAAUGUGCCGUGGCCAUCACUGCUCUCCUGACCCUUGUCAGUGUGGGGACAAACCCUCUCCCAGCCCAUCAGGCUCAGGCCCAUGCUGGGUUAAACCUGUAAGGGUUAUGGGGAAGGGGUUGAGCACAGGAGUGGGGUCCUGCUCUGGGGAAUGAGCAGCAGCUGCUCCUGACACUGGUGUGUGACUGAACUUUGGGGGUUACACCUCAAUUCCUGCUCUGCCUCCCCCAGCACGACUCCAUCCGAGUGCCCCAGCUCAGCUCCUCAGGGCUCCUUCACCUGUCCUGGCCUGUGCAGGUGACAAACACCAGCUCAGCUACCCUAAAUAUGAACUGAUGAACAAAACUGAUUAACAAGAGUGUCCAGCUCUUCACUCUGUGACACCACCAUGUCUCAUUUUCCACCGGGGUGGGUGGAGGCUGACAAAUGAGAGACAAUAUGUAGAAUAAAAAUUCUCAGCUCCGCUGAAGUUGCAAAAUAGAACUUAAAGACUAACUAGCAAGUGAUAUAAAAAGGUGUAAAAGUAGGCAGACAGGAUGCUAAACACAGCUGGAACCAGUGGAGAAACAGGUAAUGAGGAACAUGGUGACUUCUGUGGCAAAGUUAUUUUACAAGAAACAGCAGCUUGUGCUCUGAGAGAUUCAAGGCAAGGUCACAGCGUGGGGGCACUCAGUGAGUACAACCAGCAGACACCCCUGCAGACAACCCUCUAGGAUCAAAGAGGACUUCCAGGGAGGGAUGGAGGCAUGUAAACUGCU